AUGUCGAUCACCGCAGUGUUUGGCCAGAUCCCGUUGCGAUUUGUGGAAGCAACCAUUUCCGGUGAUGUUCGACCUCAUGGAAGGCACCUGUCAGAGCUUGAAAACGAUAUGAGAUCUAUGGGAUUCGAGGAUGAUCCAGUCAAAUCCUGGAAAAAUGAGGAAGCUGAUCUAUCCUAUCUCAUGAAUAUGCCACUGAGUCGUCUGACCGUGGAGGAAGUGGAUAAACUCAAAAAUCAGGUACAGAAUAGCCGGGAUAAGCUAGACAAGGUUGUCCAGACAUCAUGGCAAGAUUCUUGGCUUGCAGAUUUGCAAGCUUUGGAGAAGGAAGCCAAAAAUUCGCUGCGGUACGACUCCAAAUGA